UCUGAACAAAUAUGACCGGUAAGUCCUAAGGAAAUGGACCUACCCCUUCCAUGCAAGGAAACCUGUCAAUUGAAAGGACACCAAGGAGCUGUACGAGCCGUUAGAUUUAACCACGAUGGUAACUACUGUUUAACUUGCGGAAGCGACAAACUGUUGAAGCUGUGGAACCCUCACAAAGCUGUGUUGUUAAAGACGUACAGUGGACAUGGUUAUGAAGUACUUGAUGCUGUAGGAUCCAGUGAUAACAGUCGACUGGCUAGCUGUGGAGCAGACAAGACUGUAGUACAAUGGGACGUGGCUACAGGACAGAUUGUAAGACGCUUUAGAGGUCAUACUGCUGUAAGUUCUUAUGCGGUACAAGUCGUUUCGAUACAAGUGGAAUCAGCCGGUUUCACCCCCUUUCGAAUUCGCCCGGUUCGAGUUCGCCCCUAUUAAAGUUCUAUCGAGUGAUACUUGAUAUAAAAACGCACAAAUUUCUCAGCGUUCGACUUCGAGUUUGCACGAGGUGUAAAUAGUUCCACCUGCUUGGCUUAGAAGGACGAAUAUUCACCCAAAACAUUUUUCUUGUUCACGCGUAAACUAUACUUGAAUUGAAGGAAUUUUUGCACAAUUAUUUUUCUGCUUGAGUUUGUAUUGAAACGACUGGUUUCCUUUCAUGCCCGACCCCCUUCACAGUUCCCCAGAGAAUAGUAACGAUAUUUACAACAGUAUCUUCAUGACAAAUUCACAGAAGAUCAUUGCAGUUGAAGACAUGACUUAAGCUCAUGUAGUUACUGAAAGAAAGGCUAAAAAAAUCAGGCCCCCCCUGGAUUUGAACCCUAGCCUCUGUGAUACUGCCGGUGCAGCGCUCUUAACAAUUGAGUUGGCAAGCCAGCUGAGAGCUGCAGGUAAUAAAAUUUGUCCGUAAUAUACCCAGGAAAGAUGAAGAGAUGAAUAUAUCAAUUUUAUAUAUUUGAACUGCAGAAUGAAGAAAUAAAUGAAGUUGAGUUCAUCACAGUUGAAGAUGCAAUUCAAACUAUCAUAAUUUUAUUUUAAGCAUUAUUUUUGUGAUGCUCUGCCCACUCUUAAUAAAACUUAAUAAUUUAGUGCCUUUAGGAUAAGCUUGUGAGAGAUGCACAUCUGUUAUCUUUUCAACGGUAAUUUGUUGCAUUGCAGAGAGUCAACUGUGUUAAGUUCAAUCAGCCAGAUAGCACAGUAAUUAUCUCGGGUUCAUAUGAUGCCACAAUACGCUGUUGGGACUGUAGAUCUCGCAGUGCUGAACCUAUACAGAUUAUUGAUGAUGCCAAAGAUAGUGUUUCCUCACUGAUGGUAUCGCAACAUGAAAUUUUGUCAGGGUAAGAAAGUUAGUUAACAUUAAAAAAGCUUCUUGCCAGUCCUUGCUUAAGUAAAAAUAAUGAUAAGUGUUACGAAAGACCUCAUUUCUAGGAAACAAUAAUGUGCAAUUAAUUACUACUAGUGUAACUAAUAUUGCAGUUAUAUGGUUCUGUCAUACAACUGUACCAGUACACUGUGUAUUUACCUGAUUGGUUCAUCAUGAUGCAAUUACAUGUGUCAAAAGUAUUUCUGCUCUUCUUAUAAUUAUGUAGUGGUUUUUUGGACUAAUAGCAAUAUCUGUUAGUGGUGUUAAGCUCAUUCCACUGCUAUACAUGUAAAGCAUUCUUACUCAUGUGGCCAGCAUCUAUGCAAAUUUAUUCGAACAAAAGAAAGCAUUUUCAUCAGAAAAGAGUAUAACUCCCACAGGAUUUGUUUGGAACACCAACAUAGCCAUAGUUUCAUUGUUUUGGAACACCAAUAUCGCCGCUGUGACAUCAUGUGAAAACGCUCUUUAAAUGUAAUUUACUUUUUUAAUGAGUCAUAUGGCAGCUCUUUUAAGUGGCUGUAAGAAAUUCUUCUAAAACAGGCUAAAUUAGAGUGGUAUAAAUUUCAUAGAUAGUAUAAAUGUUACAUGUAUUUUUGUGACUUGGGAUUUGAAGAGAAUCAAAGGCCAAAACUCGUUUGAAUUUCGUAGUUAUUUUUUUCUCAUUGUCUAUCACUGUUUUUAAUUUGGUUUUAAGAUCCAUCGAUGGUAAAGUUCGCAACUAUGAUAUCCGCAUGGGUCAGUUGCAUGUAGACUGCAUUGGCCACCCAGUAACUAGUGUGAGUUUUACCAGGGAUGGCCAGUGUGUGUUAGCAUCCACUCUUGAUGAUACCAUCCGUCUGAUGGACAAAGACACAGGAGAGUUACUAAAUGAGUAAGUAACCAAGAUUUAUGUUCACAAAAUAUACUACUGUACAUAGAUGUACAUGUACCAUUUACAUGUAAGAGUGGUUUUUCAUUCCCAUCGCAGCAAAAAGGAUGCAUUAAUUAAAUUUUUAAAAAAAAGUUCAUGGAAGGAGACAGUGGGCCCAUUGGAAGGUGCAGCAGACAGUCAUUCUAUCACAGUCCUUUGUCUAAGUCCCAUGAUUUUUUUCUCAGGCAUGGUCACCUGUGUCAUAUUAGUUAAUUCUGUUUCAUUUUUACUAAGUGGCAUGCCUUUAAACUAGCUACUGUAGCUUUGUUCAUUGCCCUAGCCUACCAAUAAAGUAUCUACCAUUUUACCAAAGUCCCCAGCACCCUUUUUUGUUGCGUACAUAACUACAUAACUAUUAUAAUCUUCAUGUGUUCUCCUGCUGUUCAAUUAUGCUGUAUAUUCAAUUUCAUAUCUUCACUUUCAUGUAAAAGCCAAAAAAUAUAUAUAAGAAUAAUGAUAAGUACAUGUAUGUAAGUAAGGAUUGAUAUACAUGUAAUAAACAAGGAAAGCUUACAGCUGCAGAGGUAACAAAAACGACAAGAACAUCUUUUAUUUAAACACGGUGGGUUUUAAAGCUAAUAUAGCUUAUGGGGCUGUGUAAAAAAUGUUAAAAGGAUAAUAAAAAUUGAAAAUUAAAAAAUACGCUAAAAAUGAUAAAAAAACACACCAGUGUCAAUGUAUUAUUAAAAAUAUGAAUGUGGUCAGUAAAAGGCCAAAUAAUUUACGUACAAUAAAAGAUAUGAAUAGAAUUAUCAAUAACAGACGAAUCACUGUCAAUUUGGGGACCAAUUUGCAGUGACUCUUCAUUAACGUUCAAGUUUCUGAGGGCAGGAGGUUUUUUUGCCCUUUUAGCAUAAUUGCUGGCACUGACAGGAGAGGGUUCUAAGAGAUUCCAAACAAUGGAUCCUCUGUAUGAUAUAGAUGUUUUCAUAUAAUAUGUUUCAAAACAUUGUACACUAACCGAUGUUGUUACAGGUACAGUCAUGUAACCUUUGUCGUGGGCAUUUUUCAAUCAGUGCUAAUACAUUUUAGGAUAGGAGAGGUGACUUAAAUUCAUUUUGUUUCAGAUUCACAGGUCAUAAAAACAGAGACUACAAAGUGGACAGUUGUUUGAGCAGCAGUGAUGCACAGGUGGUGAGUGGCUCUGAGGAUGGCAGGAUUUGCUUCUGGGAUCUGAUGGAGGGAAAGAUAGUACACACACUGGAGAAGGCACAUCAGUCUGUUGUGUACUCUAUAUCUUAUCACCCAACUGAGAUCGCUCUUUUAUCUGCAUCUUCUGAUGGCAAAGUUAAAGUCUGGCAUGACUCAAGUUGGGAGCCUGAGUGAUACAGUGUAGACGAAAUAAUUCUGCAAU